AUGUCGCCUGAAUCGCCAUCCCCAUCGUCUCCCACCACCAAUCCCCCAAAAUCAUCCUCUGCUGGCAAUGUAACCUCACUCUCUCUGCCCACGUCACCCAAUGCUUCUCCGUCUUCUCAGCCCCCAACAAAAUCCCCUCUCGAACUCGAAUCCUCGUCCUCGAAACACAAAGAAAAUGCAUCCGAGACGGCAUUAAGUCCGCCGGAUCAUCCUUCUAAGUCGCCGCCGGCUGCUAACCCCCCGCCACCGGCCGCCCCUCCGCCAUCGGAAACCUCCAAACCGCCGCCACCUCCACCACCAAAAAAUUCCACGCCUCCGCCUGCCAAAAAGCCUUCAGAAAACUCACCUCCGUCCCCGAAAAGCCCACCUCCACCGGAAUCAACCAAGCCCCCUGAAUAUUCCCCACCAACACCACCACAAAGCUCGCCGCCAAUUCUCCGGCCACUUCCGAAUUCCGGCGGCACUAGUCCGCCACCGUCCCGCUCUCCGUCCUCAAACUCUCCGUCAAAUUCGUCACCUCCUCCUGCAGUGCGAAUAUCACCACCUCCUUCCGUUUUGCCGCCGCCAUCAAAUGCCGGACAUUUGCCGCCACCCAUAGCUCCGCCGGCUAAAAAAAAAAAUUCUGACCUUUGCCCAGAUUCUGCAUUGCUGAAGGUGCCAAAGUUAUCACCUGUAAAUGUUAAUGUCUCCGCCAAGGGUUUUGUCUAUUCACCCCGAACGCCUAGUGGUUUUGGCAACCCUAAGACGUGGUUCAGCUAUGAAGAAUUGGCUCAGGCCACAAAUGGGUUUUCAUCCGAUAAUCUGUUGGGGGAAGGUGGGUUUGGUUCAGUGUACAAAGGAUGCCUCGAGGAUGGUAGAGAUGUGGCAGUUAAGCAGUUAAAGCUUGGCGGGGGCCAGGGGGAGCGGGAGUUCAGAUCUGAGGUCGAAAUAAUAAGCCGAAUUCACCACCGCCAUUUGGUUUCGCUCGUCGGUUACUGCAUUUACGAGAACAGAAGGCUGCUUUUGUAUGAAUAUGUCCCGAAUAAUAACCUCUACUUCCAUCUUCAUAGGGAAGGUAGGACUGCACUGGAUUGGGAGACACGUGUAAAGAUUGCUGUAGGUGCAGCUCGUGGAAUAGCUUACCUUCACGAAGACUGUCACCCUCGUAUCAUCCACAGAGAUAUCAAGUCGUCAAACAUCCUUCUAGAUAAAAACUUUGAAGCUCGGGUUUCUGAUUUCGGACUGGCCAAAUUAUCUUUAGAUGCAAAUACACACGUUACGACUCGCGUUAUGGGAACUUUUGGGUAUAUGGCUCCUGAGUAUGCAUCCUGUGGCAAGUUGACCGAAAAAUCUGACGUAUAUUCCUAUGGAGUCGUGCUUUUGGAGUUAAUCACUGGACGCAAACCUGUAGACAUGUCUCAGCCUUUUGGGGAAGAAAAUCUUGUUGAGUGGGCUCGACCCUUGCUAUUUAAUGCACUCCAGAGGCACGAGGUUUCGGUUCUGGCAGAUCCAAGACUUGAAUUACGUUACGAUGUUAGUGAAAUGUUCCGGAUGAUUGAAGCUGCAGCUGCGUGCGUGCGACAUUCAUCGGCAAGGAGACCCAAAAUGGGACAGGUUGCGAGGGCUUUGGACUGCAGAGACAUGGCGGAUUUGACAAAUGGGAUGAAAGUCGGUGAGAGUGGGAUGUUCAACUGCGCGCAGGAGUCGGACGAGAUUAGGUUGUUUAGGAAAAUGGCGUUUGGUAGUCAAGAUUACAGCACAGGCUUUUUCGUACAAGAUUGUUGGAGCAUCGAGGGCGAUCGCUUCGAUGAGCUCGCCGCCGCUAUCCUCCCCGACAUGGACGAGCAGGUCCUCAUCAACCAGGACCAACUGUUGGAGGUCUUCCGCUCCUUCGACCGCGACGGAAACGGCUACAUCACGGCGGCGGAGCUCGCCGGGCAGAUGGCCAAGAUGGGCCAGCCGCUGACCUACCGCGAGCUCAGCGAGAUGAUGCGGGAGGCCGACACCAACGGCGACGGCGUCAUCAGCUUCAACGAGUUCGCCAACAUCCUCGGGAAAUCGGCGGUUGAUUACCUCGGAUUGCCCGUCGCCUAG